GGGGUGAAAUAUCAAGUACCAGCCAGAAUGUCGGUCAACCAAACCUGAACAUCUCGAAUUCUAAUAUAACGAUAGUUACCAAGGACGAACAAGAACCAUCAACAAGUAACGUUAACAUCGAAAAUAUUCCAGUAGUCGGUACCCAUACAUGUGAUCUUUGUGGUAAAAUGUUCCAGUUUCGUUACCAACUAAUUGUGCACAGACGUUACCAUACUGAACGUAAACCUUUUACUUGUCAGGUAUGUGGAAAGGCUUUUACUAAUGCCCAAGAACUCACUCGACAUGGUAAAUGUCAUUUAGGUGGUAGUAUGUUCACGUGUGCGGUGUGUUUUCAUGUGUUUGCCAACGACGCUUCGUUAGAGCGUCACAUGAAACGGCAUUCAACCGAUAAACCGUAUGGGUGCACUCUGUGUGGAAAGACUUUCGCAAGAAAGGAACAUCUCGACAACCACACAAGGUGCCAUACCGGGGAAACUCCGUAUAGAUGCCAGUACUGUGCUAAAACGUUCACGAGGAAAGAACACAUGGUGAACCACGUGAGGAAACAUACUGGCGAAACUCCACAUCGAUGCGAAAUUUGUAAGAAAUCUUUCACGAGAAAGGAGCACUUUAUGAACCAUGUAAUGUGGCAUACGGGAGAAACUCCCCAUCAUUGUACUAUAUGUGGAAAGAAAUACACUAGGAAAGAGCACUUGGCCAAUCAUAUGAGGGGCCACACUAAUGACACCCCGUUCAGGUGUGAAAUUUGUGGGAAAUCUUUCACGAGGAAAGAACAUUUCACGAAUCACAUCAUGUGGCACACGGGCGAAACCCCCCAUCGGUGUGAUUUUUGCUCUAAAACGUUUACUCGGAAAGAGCAUUUGUUGAACCAUGUGAGGCAACAUACCGGCGAAUCUCCGCAUCGAUGCGGACAUUGUGCCAAGUCCUUCACAAGAAAAGAACAUUUGGUUAAUCAUGUUAGGCAGCAUACAGGAGAGACACCGUUCAGAUGCAACUUUUGUCCGAAAGCCUUCACAAGGAAAGAUCAUCUUGUGAAUCAUGUUCGCCAACAUACUGGAGAAUCGCCACACAAGUGCACCUAUUGCCCGAAGUCGUUCACUAGAAAAGAACACUUGAAUAAUCAUGUACGACAACAUACAGGAGAGUCCCCUCAUAGAUGCCACUUUUGUUCUAAGUCUUUCACUAGGAAGGAACACUUAACUAAUCAUGUCAGAAUUCAUACAGAUAUUUGUUCCCUCCAUCCUGAUUGGCUGACCGACAUCACUUUAUAUCAUAAAUUAGGUUGGGUGUUCCACAAGAAUCCGUUCGGAGGUCCGAAAAUGACUAAAAUGAAGAACCAUAAGAAAAAGCCUGUACGAAUGGAAAAUUCUGAAAAUAAUCAACAUCAGUCUAACAGUGAAGCGGAAGCCUUGUCUGAGACUAUACAAAUAGUAAAAGACGAGAAAACAUUUCAAAACUGCAAGCUUCUUCCCGGAACUCAAUUUGGACUGCAGGACAUCAAAGCAAAUAUGAUGGAUGUGAGGACGGCCGAUGGAAGUAUAGUAAAAAUUCAGACGAAUAUGCAGGAGCAAGAAUUAGUGAAGACUUUGGGCGUAGAUAUUGUUAAUAACAUGUACAAGGUCAAUGUGGAUGACUUGAACCAGUUAUUAGCCUAUCAUGAGAUUUUUGGAAAACUACAAGGUGGUCAGG